AUGGAUCGUUCGUUCAAUGGGACCCAAAACCGCUUUGUCCUAGUUGCUCUGAGAAAUGCCCUGAACAAACACAACAUAAACUUUGUUGACGAUGAGAAUACGUAUGAUACUGAAAUAUUCAAAAAUCAUUUAAAAGAUCUAAAAUUGUUGAAAGAAGACAUAAUAAGAAAUAGGAACCAGUCGAAGGAGUUAAUAAAAAAUUUCCUUGAAUUCUUCUUUAUUAGUAAUGGGGACAGAAGUUGUAAUUUUGAUAUAUUUUAUGAUAAAUGUUUGCAUAUUAUUUAUAGAUAUUUGAUAGCUUAUAAAGAAAUAAACGAUAUUCUGUAUGGGAAAAAAUUAAAUGAAAGAAGAAAGGCAAUCAACGUUGCGAAUUCGGGUGCUUCUCAUGCUACGAAUAAUAAGAGAAAUAAAAACAUAUCGAAGAAUGAAGAAGAGAAAAUUUGUGAAAAUGAUAAUGAUUUACUGUACAACUUAAUAAAUAAGAAUUUACUGAUUUAUAAGAAUAAAUUCUUAUUUGAUUAUGAUAACGAUAGCGAGAUAUAUACAUCAAGUGAGGAAGAAAUUGUUAUUGAAGGGAGACCCCUUAAAAAGAAAAGCAAAAAUGCUGGAACACGUAGGGAUGAUGAUAGAAAUGACAAGAACAUUCUUGUCGAUACUUGCAAUCUCAGUGUGGAAAAUGUAAAUGAAUCCGACACAUUUGAAAACGGGAAUGAGGGUCCCGGUUUCAGAAGAAUGAAAAAAAGAGAUAAAGUUACGCGAAGUUGUGAAAAUAGAAGAAUUAACUUGCUUAACAGAUACCCAGCAUAUUUAAGAGAUCUGAUAAGAAUUGUAAAAGUGGCAAAAAAACGAGAAAAGAAAAUUUUACAAAUAAAUUUUUUAAACAAAUAUGGAGAUGAUAUAGAUAGAAAUAAAAUGAAUACAUUAUUUAAUAAGUUAUACCUAUACAUGUGUUAUAUGAAUAAUAAAAAUUAUAUAGAGAAAAAGAAGAAAAGGAUGUUAUAUAGAAUUGUUAGGCAUAAUAUGCUAAAGCAUUUUUAUAAAAAUCAUGAAAUAUUUUUAGAAAAAUUAAUGAAAAAGAAAAACCUGUACAAUAAUUUGAGUAUCGAAAAUGUGGAAAAAUUAUUUCUCUCCCACAGUUGUAGAAGUAGUAGUAAUAGUAGUGGUGGUGGUAACGAUUUUUCUGCUAAAUCGAGCAAGGAGUGCAAAGUGUGCAAAGAAAAAAUGAAGAUGUUGUUUUAUAUAACAUUUUAUGAUAAUUUAAAUUAUUCUCCUAUUUUGAAAAAUCCGAAUAUUAAGGAGCUUAAGGAAAAAAAUUUACUAACACACAUUUUUGUUCUUAAGAAAGAAAAAAGGAAAACAAUUAAUGUAACAUAUGAUAUUUGUUAUCAUGGAGAUAUGAACAUUUAUAUGUUAUCAAAAAAUGAUAUUUUUUGUUACAUAUUACAUGAAAAUUAUUUAAAAAAUAAUCUUAAUGAUUUAUUACAGAGAAUUAAAAAUGGAAGUAAGGGAUAUAAUCUGUUAUACGUCAUUUUUAACAAAUAUAAAAAUAAAAAUUUCUUAAAUUUAAAAAAAUUUAAAAGAUAUUUGGAAGCACGUAAUAGUAAUACUUCAAGUCGAACUGGAAGUGUUACUGCCAAUAGUAUGACAUAUAAAGGGGAUUGUCUAUCCUUGAGGGAUUCCUUCUAUGAUAUAUUAAAAAAUAACAUUAUUAAGGAUGAAAAUAAGUCCAAUAUUUUUUUCGAUAAAUUGUUUCAUUCCUUUUAUAAUAUACUUUAUACACGUGGAAUCAAUAUUAGUAAGAGUAGUGUUCGACCAGUCAAAAAAAAAGAUGUAGAACUGUUAAAUAUGGAUGAACAAAAUUCAGAUUCAGACGAUUAUCUUUUGGUAGAUUCGGCCAAUGGUUUCGAUAAGCAACCUAAUCAUAAAAAUGGCACAAAUUUUAUGAUGCAGGUCAAGUAUAAAAAAGUCCAAUUAAGUGCCAUAAAGGAAGUACAGAAAAAAUACAUGAACGUGAAAGAGAUGAAUGAUAUUGAUGAUCGAUAUAUCGAGGAUGGAGUGUGGCAGAAUAAUGAUCUAUUCAAUUAUCACUACUUGGGAUGCGUCCGCACGAGGGGAGAAAAUGACCAAGGUAGUAAACGUAAUAACCAAGAUCAGAAAAUGGAAGGAGAAUUUCAUGAAAAGCAACAAGAAAACAGUCUAAGUACGUUCGAGAAAUAUUUAUCUAAAGUAAACAAUGAAAUAGGCAUUGUUGUAAACAGUGAUGACAGUGAUGAAGAUCUUCUAUGUAAUCAUGGAAAGGAAAAAUUGUUAAUGAACUAUUUGAAGGGGAAGAGCUAUCGAAGCGCAAAUGAAAUUGGAAAACGUAAUGACGUUUUAAUAUUGGAAAAACAGAAAAUUGAGGAUAUAAAAAAAAAUGUAAUUGUACAUCCACUGAUUAAUUCUAAGUGUAUAGGUUUUAAAAUAAAUGUGAAUGACAUUGCGAAUAGGAAUUUGGACAUAUACUGUAUUAACAAUGGGGAAUAUGUAAAUGCGUAUAAAAAUACAGUAAGUUACUUAAAAAACCAGAUAACGCCUGACAUGAAGAAAAAUUAUAUGGAAUUUUUGAAUGUUAAAAAUAAGAUUAAAAAAAAAGAAAUGAAGAUGAAUACUGUAAACAAUCUGUUAACCAAUAAGGAUGGAUGGAAAAACAGAACAUGUUACAUAAAUAGUGGAAAUAUCGAUAGUAUCGAUUCUAAGAAGAGCAAUACUGUGAAGGAAUAUAUCGUUGUAAUUGAGGAGAAUAUACAAGAGGAUGAAUACAAAAUUGACAUAUACAAUUAUGCAGAAUUAACUGCUUACAUUGUAAAUUCAAAAAAAGAAAAGAAAAAAGAAUUCUAUUGGAAUUUCAUAAGGAAUGAAAUAUACUCCCAUAAAUGGCUAAAUAAACUUCAGUUUAAGAUUCAAAAUUACAGCAAUAUGUAUGUUAAUAGUUAUUUUAAAAAAAAUCACUUAAGAUCGAUCAAGGAAUAUCUCUAUGGGUUAAUAAUAAAUUUAUACUACAAAAAUAUAUAUGAUAUCUCUUUAAACAUACAGUUGAGUAAGUACUAUGUGCAUUACGAUCCAACGAAGGAGUAUGUACUCAAAAAUAUUCAUAAUAACUUAAAUCAGCUGUACGAAAAUGUCAUGAAGUGUAUCCAAAGUGACAUUCUGAAUAAUACUUCAUAUAUGGAAACGAACAGAAUAACAGGUGAAGCUAUAAAAUUUAGAAUAAGUGAUUAUUUGAUGAAUUAUCGUUGGUUUGAAUGUCCAAGGAAUAAUGAAGCAAAUGAAGCAAAUGAAGCAAAUGAUCCAUUACAAGGGGAAAGCAAAAAUAAUUUAGACGAUAUGGUUUGUAAAUAUAGAAGCAUAUUUCUAUUUUAUUUGUUAUAUAUUUAUCCAAAAUUUUUAUACAUAUUAAAUGUAAUUCAAAUUAAAAACUUCAAAGAAUAUAUUAAACAUAUGCUACCGGAAAAGGAUGAUCAACAUGUCCAGGAUGCACAAAAAGAUUUUACUUCCCAAAGAAAAAUGCUAAGAAAUGCAAAAAAUAAUCAUAUCGAUGUGACGAAAGAAGAAAAUGAAGUCGCCAUUGAUUUUUAUCUACCUAGAUAUGUAAAAAAUAAAAAUGAAGUAAGUAUUCUAAGUUCAUUUGAUUUGCCUAAUAUAUUAUUAACUAAUUUUACAGACAAAUUUGAAAAAACAUUAUUCUUAAAUGUACUAAACGGAUUAACGAAAAUAGAAACAGUAAAUGAUGAAAUGCAUCCAAUUUGCUUCAAAACUUUAACACAUUUUACAAAAAAUGAAUUCUAUCCUAUUAGAAAAAAAUUAACCAAUUCACAUUUGGCCCUUAUUUUUGCUGUCUUAAACUCGUAUCUCUGUUUUGCCACGGCUGAACAUUCUACAUUCUUUAAUGCAAACAAAAUUGGAAGUUUUAUGAUUCAUAAAAGUAGUAAACAGGAAUUAAAACGAUAUAUGAAAUUAAAAUCGGAGGGAAAGAACUAUUUUCCUACAGAUUUUCUUCACAAAUUUUUAGAAUCUUUUCUUUUAAAGAAAGAACAAAAUUUUAUCGUAUCGGAUAAGCACAAGUGCAAGCUUAUGAUUUACAUAUUACUAAUUCAGUUAUGCCUCAUGGAUAAUGCCUUACCCGUGCAGUUGACACUCAUAAAUAGGAACACAGCCUCUCUCCUAAGCAAGCUAAAUUUUUCCAUCGUUGACAAAUCCUUGCUAACAUUCAAUUUGGAAACAUAG